UUCUUUUUUUUUUUUUUUUUUUUUUUUUCUUUUACAAUGUACAGUUGGCUCAGUCUUUUGGAAGGAACACGAUGGUUACAACAUAUGUCUGGAUUGUUACGCGCUGCGGUAACCGUAGCGUCGGCGAUAGAAAGAGACGGUCGGCCAGUAUUGGUGCAUUGUAGCGAUGGUUGGGACAGGACGCCCCAGAUAGUCGCUUUAGCGCAGAUCCUUCUUGAUCCUUAUUAUCGAACUAUGGAGGGAUUCCAAGUCUUAUGCGAGAGAGAAUGGUUAGACUUUGGACACAAGUUUGCGGAUCGUUGCGGGCAAACUGUCGGUUGCGAAGAUCCGAACGAGCGAUGUCCAGUAUUUUUACAGUGGCUCGACUGUGUACAUCAGUUGAUUUUACAAUUCAAAUGCAGUUUUCAAAUGUCUCCAGCGUACCUUGUGAAACUUGCACAGCAUACGUAUUCUCAACUUUUCGGCACAUUUCUAUGCAACACGAAGCAAGAGAGGCUACAGUUAAGAAUACGGGAGCGUACAUUUUCGGUCUGGCGUUUUCUCAAUUCCAGUUCUUUUAUAAAUCAUUUGUAUUCACCUUUAAAGAAUCAAGUAUUAUGGCCAAGUUGUAACGUGCGCGAUCUUGUUUUAUGGUCCGAAGUAUAUUUAGGUUCUAUGGAAUCUCCUCUCGGUAUCAGGGACGAUAAACAAAGAGUAACGAUGCUGGAUAUUGAGGGUGGUGAAAGCGAAGAACCACAGGGACAAAUGACAAAAACUCGUUCAUACGGCGAUCUUAUGCACACCCCCGAUCAUGCGGCCUAUCUUCAUCGCCGACUUAGCGAUCCAAGUGCUUCGGUGGAAAAGAAGUUCGACUCGUUGACACUCGAUUCGGAAACAGGAGAGAAAGGAAGACACAAUUGCACCGAGAAUUGUAUUAUCGACGAUAUGGUAGAAAAAGACACAACGGAAAAUCAGAAUAAGACGCAAAAUUGUACAACAACGACGCAAACUUUGAACGAUUCGCCAGUCAAUCCCUCGGUAGACAGUUCAACGGAUACGCUAAUACCCAGUAAUGACUCUUUACUCGAUACAAUAGACAAGGAGACCAAAACGCAGAAAAAUUCGCCACCGGACAUUGUAUCUCCGUGGAUCGAGAGCAACGCGACCAGUCGAAUUGUUUGUUCUUGCAAUCGAAAUUACAAUCACAAUCAUAACGAGGGUAGUGACGUUAGUGACACCAGUGCACCGCAGAUAUCCAGAACACCUAGUAGCGUGUGCCCAGCUUCGCCAACUUAUCAAGAUACAGUGCCAGAUAAUCCUGAUAGAUUGGACGAUGUUGAUGGUCUUCCAGUUAUACAUUGCGAUGUUCAGAUGCGUGUGCAACAAAUAAUCGUAGAACAUAAGUUGAAGGAAGAAGCGUUAAGGAAGGAGUUACAUACAACGAGAAUGGCUCUGAUCAAGCAAGUUUGUAAUCAUAAUGCAGAGGUUGAUCGUGUUGAUGAUAUUGGUUCAUUACCAGAUUCGAUUGGAAGUACCGGCGAUCACGGAGAAUCAUUACCUUCGGAUAUGUCGUGGGAAGCAGUGGAGGAAUUGGGCCCUGCCCCUACUCUCUGGGUACCCGAUCAUGCGGUGAGUCGGUGUAUGGGAUGCGAUACGGAAUUUUGGCUGGGACGACGUAAGCAUCAUUGCAGAUGCUGCGGUAAAAUCUUCUGUGCGGAUUGUUCCGAAAAUUCGACACCACUACCUAGCGAACAACUGUAUAAUCCCGUGAGAGUUUGUAGCGAGUGUUUCUCUCGACUUCAUCGGCACACAAGCCCCUGUCAGUGUAAUGCUCGUCAUCAGAGCAGAGGAGAAAACGACGCGGAGUCAAAUUCUGAAAACUUGACGACUUGUCAAAGAUCAAAAGGUUUGAACCUGACGAAAGACAAUUGCUGCGAUAAUUUGCUGCAGGUUGCGCAUCAAAAAGCACAACCUCCAGUUACAGCAGCCACCGUAAAUUGAAUAUUCUCGCGCAAGCGACGAAGGGAACAGUUCGUAGCACUCGGGUUAUCGUUUGGUUUUCGACAAUGCGAAAAGCGUAUCCUUAAUACGAUAAGUCAGUUGCGAUACGUGUUCGCGCGUUUUACCAUUUAUGUCUGUGCGAUGUGUACCACAAGCAGACGUAUAUGUCGCGUGCGAGCUGAUAGCUACCGUCGUACAAUUAGAUGGAUUUGGAGCGAUCCAAUAUUUAUUGCUAGAGUAAUUAUUUGUACGAAAAAGAAUGCGUAGAGUGCAUCGGAAUAAGUGAGAGAAAAUAAGUCAAGUAUACGAUAGGUUGUAUAUGCCUUAUACAAUUUUACGUAUACACAUAAGCUAUAUAAGUUGAUUCAACGAGGAGAUACCUGGCUUCUUCGAACGAGACUAUUCAAGUUUCCCUGUUUUUAGACGAUCUUAUUCCCUUCUCAGAGACACAAUAAGACGAGGCCAAGGAACAUUUGGAUAGGCUGUGACUGACGUCUAGUUCUAGACACCGUACGAGGUGCGCUCUUAAUUAAUCGUUGAUCGAUCGAUCGAUGGAACAACUCGUUAUUAUUAUUAGUUGGAUUACGAUACGAGUAACCUGUAUUUGUAUAUUACCGCUGUUCACGAGAAUUGGUAUAUUAAAUGUCAUUAUCGUAACA